AUGGAAAUUAUCGCUGCCACCAGAGGCACACCAGGAGCGUCCUCUUCCAACGCUAACCAUCCAUCCGAGUGGAGCUUGGAGAGUUUUCUACAACACCAUCCGGCCAAAUUCAAUGGGAAGUGCCUCCCUGAUGAGGCAGAUCAGUGGCUCAGAGACAUGGAGAGGAUUUUCAACGCCAAGAGAUGCCCGGAUGAGAACAGGUUGGCGUUCACAGAAUACCUACUAACUGAAGAAGCAAGCCACUGGUGGGCGAGCAUGAGAGCUAUCCUGACGGACGCCCAAAAUCCCAUCACAUGGGAAGUAUUCCGGAGCAAAUUUUAUGAAGAAUACUUCCCUGACAGCGUUCGUUUUGCCAAGGAAGUGGAGUUUCUGCAACUGGUUCAAGGUGGAAUGUCCGAUCCUGAAUAUACGAACAAGUUUAAGCACUUGGUUCGUUUCAACACUAUGGCUACCAGUGAGGAGUGGCAAUGCAGAAAGUUUGAAAAUGGGCUGAGGAGUGAUUUGAAGGUGCUAAUUUCUAGCCUGUGUAUUCGCUCAUUUCCUGCGAUGGUUGAAAGGGCCAAAGUAUUGGAGAAGAAUAUGGCAGAGUGGAUCUCAAGCAACAACAGGUGGUUAGGGGACCGAUCGUCUCCAGAGGAAAUGUUAAUCAGAGAAGAACACCUUACGCCCGUCCAAAUACGAGUGGAUCUCAAGCACUAA